AUAAUGAUUUUACGUCUGUUCAUAUUAUUGUAGUUUCAAUUAUUAUUUUUUACUUUAUUUUGAUAUAGCCUAAUAAAAUUAAACAAUCAUGGCGAUGGCCGAGAAGAAAAACGAGUUUCCUGUGUCCGUGGAGGCCGACAGGCGGUUGCUGGCCUUCGAGAGUUGGGAAGACUACUUGGACUCCUUAAUAGAGAUAGCGGAUCUGAGAAACCUGAGAAGCAUAACGACUUCUCGGACUGUUGCUGCUUUGGGAUACAGAGCUAAUGGCGACACCCUAUCAGAGAAAGAGUUCAACCAGCGUCGCGCAUUUAUCCACGAGAUCGUAUACCCGACAGCGAAGCCGUACGUGCUGGCUAGUGAAGGAACCGAUGUCAGUGAUCCCUUCAACCGUGAGCUGGCAGUUCGGGAGAGAGCCAACCGGCUUGGCAUACUGCAGUCAAUAAUAUUCAUCCGGCACUUCACGAAGGGCGGUUUCGAGAUCUCCGGCUAUAUAGACUACGCGCACCGGCUUAUAUCGGAGAACUGGGUCCCUUUCUUCAGAGCCAACAAAAUGCUGUGGCCGAGGGACAGUGAUCUGGGCUACUACCAUUGGCGCCAUGGCACUGUAAGGAGCAACAUGAGCAGGAAUUAUAAGCCUAUAAUGGACCCGGAAAAAGGGCUGCUGUUCCAAAACCGACACGACCACAAGAUCAUCUGGCCUGACCCUCAACAGGAACCCGGGCAGAACACCAUGAAGCAGAGAAUUUUUUCUCCAAGAUACACACAAAUAGAAAUUUAUGACCACGUUGUCAGGAGAAAGAGUUAAACAACUUGCUAC